CUUCAAGUCUUUUUUCAAGUGACAGCCCAAGAGGUAAAUGCCAAGAUAGAUACUGGAAGGCGAUUUAAUUGACAAGAUCUUAGCUUGCGGCGAAGGUCUCCUAGUCUAGUUCUGCAGCUGCAUUCAAGUGCCACCAAUAUGGCUAAUUCCAAAUUUGAGUACGUGAAGGCGUUUGAGCAACCCGACAAUCUACUGCCAAACACAUGGAUUGUUGUCAGGAUAGAUGGAAGGGGCUUCACAAAAUUCGCCAACAAGUAUAGCUUCAAAAAGCCUAAUGACAAACGGGCGCUUGACCUCAUGAACGCCUCGGCAAAGUCUGUCGUCACAGAGCUGCCAGAGAUCACCAUUGCAUAUGGGGUCAGCGACGAGUACAGCUUUGUAUUCCACAAGCACUGUAGUUUGUUUGAUCGAAGGUCAGGCAAACUGGUGUCCACAAUUGUGUCGACCUUCUCGGCCUACUACAUCUACCACUGGAACACUUACUUUCCGGACAGCCCUCUAUCCCCUCCGCUCCCUAGCUUCGAUGGUAGGGCUGUGUGUUUCCCGAGUGUCCAGAACCUGAGGGACUAUAUGAGUUGGCGCCAAGUCGACUGCCACAUCAACAACCUUUACAAUACCACGUAUUGGGCACUGAUUCAACAGGGCAACCUGGAUGCCCACACUGCAGAAAGAACCCUUGCAGGUACCUUUGCUGCUGACAAGAACGAAAUUCUGUUCUCGAAGUUCGGCAUCAACUACAACAAUGAGCUGGAUAUAUAUAAGAAGGGAAGCGUAGUUUUCAGAGAUUACAUACUCGAAGAGCCCCAAGACGGCCAAGGUGUGGCGCAAAAGGUUGAGGCUCUGGUCGAACCGGUGGUCAAGUCCAAGACCCAAGCCGAAAAUGAGAAAAAGAAGCGUGCCAAAGCCAGGGUCACAGUCGAGCAUCUCGACAUCAUCAAAGACGACUUUUGGGAUAGACGUCCGUGGCUGCUGUCGAACAAGCCAGGAGAGAUACCCAAACAGCCUUAGAUCCCACUUCAACAGCGACCAGUUCCCAAUCCCUAGAUUCUGACAAUUAAUUGUCCGAAUUAAUUUUUAUGGCCUUGUGUGGUUGCCAUAACUUGUCGCAUGCUGACCGCGAACAAGGCAUCCUCCGCGUGGCCGGCGAGAGAUUGAUGUGAUGAGAAUUCCGUAUCGGUUUUGGUGCUUCAGCCUGCCGUGCCUCUCCGGCGUUCCUCUUUUCGUUUCCUUUUUGCGUCACGUCUUGCUUUCUUUUCUUCCUUUGUCUCGAGUGCUUUGCGAUCUGUCUUUUUCUUCUUCCUCGCCGCAAGAAUCGCAUCAACAUCCAACCCACCGCGGGCCUUCUUCUCCGCCUUUUCGCGCCGCCUCAGUGCCCUCCGCGCCUUGCGCUCGCUCUUGCUCUCUAGGCGCGUCUCUCCAUCGGGUGGCGCCGGCGUCGAAUCGCCCGAGCUGGUCGUCGACGAAGAUAUCGUGCCCUCCAACAGUCCACCCCUGACGAAGGAAGCGUACAGACCGUACGCCCCCGUAUACCUCGAGGCCGCGCCGCGCGUCUCGAUUGCGUUCAGCGCGCCGCGGCUGACCGUCUGCACGAUGGCGCCCUUCUGGCUCGUCGUGUCCAGACCCUGAAGCUGCUGGUCGAAGGCGUUGAGCCACCACUGGUCGCUCGUGCAGUGCUCCUUCUUGCCGAUCCCGAGCGUGUUGUCCUUGCGCGAGAGGAGCAGGGGCUUGGCAAGACCUGUCGAGUCGUCGGUCGGGUGCAGCGUGUGGCCGUGGCCGCGCCAGCCUUGUGAUUUAAGUAGUGCCUGCGCGUCCAUCUUCGACCGCUCGCGUUUGCGGUGUAAGAUUUCUAGGAUGCAGGACUUCCACCGCCUACGAAAUCGUCAGAAAUUGAAUCACGGUUUUGAUAUCAUUAUCGACCCCUCGCGAGGGGCAACGAUUUGGCGAUUUCGCAAAUGUAGUGACAAAUCUUGAGGGAUGAUUUUCUUUUUUUUGUUCCCUUUUUUUUCUCCGAUCGAUAACCCAGCCAGCCGCCAAACCUGCGAAACCCUGCGAAAAUCAAAAUUUUAGCGGGGUUCGCAUCGGGGUCGUCAAGUGGGGCCGCCCUCCGCGCUUCAUCGGCGCAACUUCUCUCACAACGGGUUAUAAGGCAGCGAGUCUGCGCAACAUAAUCUACGACUUACAUAAGUACCGGCACGCAUGGCUGCGGAUGAUAUAUAUCAUAGUUUUUUUUUGGUUUUUUUUUUCCAAAAAAAAAAAAACGCCACUUAGGUCAAGUGUUCUGUACGGUAGAACCAUCCCGGAAAGGUUUCGAGUCUUGCCACUCGAUUUAUCUAGAGUACCAUAUUACAAAAUGUUGUCGUCCAAGAGGUCCAGAAGGAAAAAAAGGAGAAUGCGAGAAGAAAAACACGGGAUAGCCACAAACAUUCUUCUCGAUCCGAAUGGUUAUUUGGAUGCCGAGAGGGGACCAAGUGAAGCCAUCUACGGAGUAUCUGGUCCUGCUGGCCCCAGUGAUCAAGAAUUGGAUGCCACCCAACACAGCUGGCUACGCAGCGUGGCGG